AUGAACCUUGAGAUAACUGGUCAUUAUCAUGAAUCAGUUGCGGAUCUUGUUAGUUUGGCAAAGAAAACGGACUCUUCACUUCAGAGAAUUCGUCAGGGUGCACAAAGGCGAGGUGGAGCAAGCUCUGAUGUCUCUGAAAAUAAUGUGUCCAAUACUGAUAAGAUCUGUAUGCAAUUAUUUCUUGAUAUUCAGGAAUAUGGGCGCAACCUCUCUGCGCUUGGGGUUGAAGCGGCAAAAAUUCCUGCAUACCGUUCCUUGUGGCAGUGCGUUGCCCCAACAGACAGUCAAAAUACAAUUAGUUUCUAGUUUUUGGCUUUCAGCAUACCACCACCAAGGAUGCAUUUGGCUGCUGUUUACCUUGCGCAAUGGGGGAAAGAAGGCAUUUUGGCAGCGGCCAGCAAGUGGGCAUAGUAACAUAGAAAUACCAUUUUUUAUUUUUUUCGCUCAAUUUUUAUUCUAUUGUAGGUGUUUUUUUUGUUGUGUAACAGUUUUUUUAUUUUUUUAUUUUAUUUUUAUUUUCAGUAGUUGCAUGUUGAGAUACGUGCUUUUCCAGUAGCUCAUCUUACAGGGUGAAAUACAGAGUUCUGUAUAUUUUAGAUAAUUCUUAGUUGGUUGCGAAUAAUAAUAAAAAUGAGAAUAGUUAAGCAUUCUUUCAACAAA